AUGAAUCCUAGAGACAGUGUGGAGGUGAUGGAAACCCAGGCGGCAGGUCAGAAGGAGAAGCUGGUUGGAGACAAGGUUAACCCUGGAAAUGAGAUUGAGGGUGAGGAUGACAAAAUCCCUGGGACUUUUGACUGUAAUGUCUGUGGACGCAGCUUCCCAUUCCUCAGCUCUUUGUCGCAGCAUAUGAGACGCCACACAGGUGCCCGCCCUUACAAAUGCCCCUACUGUGACCACAGGGCCUCUCAGAAAGGCAACCUGAAAGUUCACAUCCGCAGCCAUAAAUUGGGCACGCUCUCGAGCCAUCACUCCAACGAGGAUGACGAAGGUGUCGCUGAGGAGGAGGAGAUGAGUGUUUCAGAGGGUCUUGAUGGAGGUACGAGUCCAACUAAGAGCAGCUCUGCCUGUAACCGGAUGAUCAACGGGGAUAGUGGUGAGGAGAGUCGGAGGAAAGUGCCUGCAAGGAGCAUGAAAAGAGAGAAGUCUAUUACCGACCAGCGACCUUACUGUUGCCGUCUUUGCGGGUACGAGGCCCAGCGAGAAGACCAGCUCCUCAGCCACAUUGAAAAGGUCCACAUUACAGCGGACACAGAAGAGGAGACGGCUGUUAAGGAAGAGGCGGUGACCGAACCUGAUGUCGUCCAACCCCAGAAUGAUGGGACCUUCCCCUGUGAGACCUGUGGUCAGGUUUUCACCCAAGCCUGGUUUCUUAAGUCACACAUGAAGAAACAUGCAGGGAUCCUGGACCACUGCUGUCGCAUUUGUGGACGACGGUUCCGCGAAGCUUGGUUUCUCAAAUCUCACAUGAAAACACACAACACCAAAUCUAGAUCACGGUCAAAAGCAGACUUAGCUGAGCAUCCAGCCACCAUCAACGAUGUAGCACAGGAUCCUGAUAUCGUUACUGGCUCUGUAACAUCUAUCUAUCAAAUGUGCUGUAAAUGUGGGAACCUGUUUCACAACAAAGAGAGUCUGAGAGCCCAUGACAAGGUCCAUAGUCUCAGCUAUGGAAAAAAAUCCCAGAGCCAAUGCAGACCCAGUGAUGAUGAGGACUCACCAGCUGCUAAGAGACGUUUUCUUGACUGCUUAAACCUCAAGCCUGUUGAGGAAAAGACCCUGGAUGAGCAAGAGAAGAUUCUGGGUCAAAGAAUCCCAGAACUAGAUCCAGUUUGCAGCUACCAGGCCUGGCAAUUAGCCACUAAAGGAAGAGUUGUGGAGCCAGUGGAGCCUAGUUACAAGGCCUCCUAUGGGGGAGGAAGUAUGGGGGAGGAGGCCCUCGCUGGAGCUGCUGUGGUUUUUGAGAAGGAAAGCAGCCGUUAUGUCCUGCAAGGUCAGGAGAAACGCAGCUCAGGCAGACGUAGCAGCUCUGGGUUGGGAAGCCAUGCCUCUUCUGGAGACCGGACACCAGAGAGCCUCAGCGACUCAGAGUACCGGCCUUCAUCUCGCCAAGACCGACGACGACCAUCCCAGUCGCAGGCUUCGUCCAAAUCCAACGAGUGCUUUGAGUGUGGGAAGGUAUUUCGCAGUCGUCAUCAGAUGAUCGUCCACCAGCGGGUCCACAGGAAGGAUGGAGGCAGGGCAUCUAUGGGACACAAGGAAAGAACUGCAAGGGAUGACCGAUGGGGCUCCACCAGUGAUCCAGAGUCAGGCUCCCCCAGCCGGCCGUGCACUCCGGGGUAUGGAGACUCUCCACCAGCCUCCACCCUUGGAGAUCAGGCCUCAGAGAUGGGUACCGCAAAUUCUGGAGAGCUUUCAGAUGAGAAGCCUUACAUCUGCAGCCUGUGUGACUUUGUUGCCACAGACUCGCAGGCUUAUCUGACUCAUGUUCGUGUCCAACACCCGCCUGCCCCCGAAGAUCGACCCAGCCCCAUUCCAAGCCCCGGCUCCAGCUCGGACAGAGGCACCCCUAGUGGUUAUCCCAAGCUGAAGAAAGCUCUACUGCAGGGGCUGAACAACUCAGCAUCACCUUCGGCUUACCUUUCAGCUCGAUCAUCCCCACUCGAUCCCAACAUGACCCCUGUGGACCUGUGUGUGAGGGCUGAAGGCAUCAGGGGGAUAGGCUCCUUAACCUUGGACAGGAAGAGCCUCCCUAGUCACAAGUGCUCCUUUUGCUCCCACUCCACCCGCUACCCUGAGGUGCUCUGGAUGCACCAGACUGUGGCUCACCGCAUCAAUAGCAGUAGCUCCAAUCUGGCUCCUAAAUGGGCCUUUAAAAACAACUCAAAGGGCUCCAGGGACAGCUUGUUAUCCUCCAGGAGACGUACCGGUCCCCCACCAGUCCUGGAGGGAAAGGAGUGUCCACCACUGCCUCCACUGAUGCGCACCCAACGUACCCGGCCCCCAACUUACUCCAGCGAGGUUCUAAAGAAGAGCAAGCCACCCAGUCACGCAGCCACACCAUCAUCAUCCUCUACACCCUCCUCCUCGUUCUCCAGGGGUUCCUCAUCCUCCUCAGGCUCCCAAGCUGGGAGAGUCCCCGCACGGCCGGGCAGCAGCGCCAGCAGCAACGCCAGACACAAGGAGGACCAGAGUCAUCAGUCUCGCUUCAGACCCAAAGUGGAUAUUUACCCUCGGGGAAGCUCGCUGCCAUCCUCAAGCCCCUUAGAGAAAAGCACUGGCGCCCUCUCACGUUCCUCAGCCCCGAGCCCCAGCUCUGCUACUGCUUCCAGGAUGGCAGACCGCUACUUGAUGCCUCAGGAGGGCCUCGGCUUCAUGCUGUCCAGCAAACAUGGCCUAGCAGAGUACAGCCGCGCUAGGGGCUCCCCUCAUCAACUGCUUCCCAACUCCCACAGCCAGGGCCGGGCUAAUGCAACCAGGCCCAGCACCAUCACCCAUAGCUCCACAGCAGGACACAACUAUGGAGCCUCCCAGGCACAUGGAGGCACUCCGCACACGUCCUCCUCCUCCUCCUCUUCUUCUUCUUUGCCUUCAGAGGCUCGUGGAGAUGUAAAGCAGGAGCCAAUCGCAGAGACGCCGGAGAUGCCAAGUGACAUUCUCAGCUUCCUCAAAAACUACAGCCCCCAUGAGCUGGCUGCCCUCUACCAUCGAUGGGGUGUAGCCAAUACUCUGCUGGAUCCCACUGGGAUGCUGAGGUCCCUCAUGCGACAGGGGCAGUAUUUCUGUCACGAGUGUGGGAAGAGUUUCAGUCAGCCCAGCCACCUGCGCACUCAUAUGAGAUCCCAUACAGGGGAGAGGCCAUUCUGCUGCCAGCUCUGCCCAUACCGAGCCUCUCAGAAAGGGAACCUAAAGACGCACGUCCAGAGUGUCCACCAUAUGCCUUUUGACAACAGCCAGUACCCAGACACAAGGAGCUUGUCACUGAGCCAGGAGGAGCGAGGAGCGCUGGCUGCCAAACAACCACCAACACCACAACAACAAUAACAGUCAACCCUCUGAUAGACCAGGAUCUGGACUCGGGACCAGGCUAGUCAGGGAAUCACACAACCGGACAACACCAUCAGCAUCACCAUAAAAUCAUAGGACUGGAAGCAGGACCCAAGACUCAUGACUGACUUUUUGAGCCUCUCCUCUCCAUCCAUCAUCCUUUAAUGACCUUAGAAGAAUUUUCUACAAUGAAGGUUCUUGUAGUUUUUGGAAGCUUUUUUUUUAAUUAUUAUUAUUGUAAAGAAGCUAGUUAAAGCUGUGCUAGGCAAUUGUAAAAUCACAGAAUAGAGCCACAGAAGAAGAGUGUCUUGUCUCCCAAUGGAAAGAAUUCUGCAGUUUGAAGUUCAGGUGUCAGGUGUGCACACAGGCGGAAACUUUACUCCACACAGAAGAAAUGAAGAGUGAAAGUGUGAGCAGGAAAGCAGCUUCUUCUGUUUUUUUUUUGUUUUUUUUUUAAGUGUGAAGUUUGGCAAAAAUGAGGAAGCUGUGUGUA